AUGAGUCUCCAAAGAGCUGUAUUUAUUGUUCUGACUAUUGUUAUCUGUGAGUGUGCAGAGAAACCUCACAUUGUAUUUAUAGUCGCUGAUGACCUCGGCUGGAAUGAUGUUGGAUUUCGGAACCCUCAAAUGAUCACCCCUAACCUGGACAAGUUGGCCAAAGCUGGAGUCAUCCUCAACUCUACUUACGUCCAGCCUAUGUGCUCGCCCUCAAGAAACUGCUUCAUGUCGGGGUAUUUCCCCUACCACACUGGACUACAAGAUAACGUUAUUAAGAUAACUUCAGCAAAAGUCUUGCCAGCCAAUCUUACAACAAUACCACAGAAACUGAAACAACUUGGUUAUGACACUCACAUGGUUGGAAAAUGGCAUCUUGGCUUCUGUAACUGGAAAUAUACACCCACAGAGAGAGGCUUUGACUCCUAUGUAGGAUACUACUCUGGAAUGGAACAGUACUUUACUCACAUGUCAAAGGAUCCCCAAGGUGGCAGAGGAUUGGAUUUUCGCUUCAACAAGACAGCAUAUAGAGACGCCAAUGGGACCUAUUCUGCAAAUGUGUUUGCUAACAGGGCUGUUGAAAUAAUUGAGAACCAUGACAACAGUAAGCCACUCUAUCUCUAUCUUCCAUUCCAAUCUGUUCAUACACCUCUUCAAGUUCCACCUAAAUAUGAAAACAUGUACAAGAACAUAGAAAACCAAAACAGAAGGGUCUAUUGUGGAAUGGUAAGUGCGCUAGACGAAGCUGUUGGGAAUAUCACUAAGGCUUUAGAAGACAAAGGUCUCAUGGACAAUCUGUUGUUGGUCUUUACAACUGAUAAUGGUGGUCCAACUAAUGUUGUUGCCAAUAACUUGCCUUUACGAGGAUCCAAAAAUACACUGUGGGAAGGGGGAACGAAAGGCACGGGGUUCAUCUACAGUAAAACCCUCCUGAAGAAGACAGGCUACCUCAAUACUGGAAUGAUGCAUGCUGUGGACUGGUACCCGACUUUGGUGGAGCUGGCUGGUGGAGCGAACACAGACCCCAACAUGGAUGGGAUCAGUCAGUACGACAUGCUCAUCAAUGGCGGACCCACCAAACGGAAUGAGUUCGUCUACAACAUCUAUGACGAGCGGGAAGCAGCUGCCAUAAGGUACGGAGAUCUCAAACUCAUGCAAGGGAGUCCAGGAGCAAACAAUGGUUGGGCACCUUUGCCACAUCUGGGAAUUGAUGAACGUGUUUAUCAAGCUGAUAACCAAACCUUCCCUCCCUUCAUGCUAUACAACAUUACUGCAGAUCCAACGGAACACUUCGACCUCUCAGCCACGUACCCUGAGUUAGUGGACAUGAUGAAGAAGAGGCUGGAGAACUGGAAGAAGUCCCGUGUUCCGGCCCAGGACCCUUCUCCUGUUCCUGCAGCGAACCCUAAAAACUACGGAGGUGUAUGGAGUCCAGGCUGGUGUUAAUGUCAAAUAAAGUCAAAUAUAGUAGAA